AGUAGUUUCUCUCUUUAAGAAGCGAGCUUGUGGAGCUGCGGUGUGUCAGUGUUCUCCUGGAUCUGUCGGAGAAAAGUGAAAAAUGGACGAUACAUCGACACUUUUCAUUUCCAUCGGGCUUAGUGAGCAGAAAGUGAAAGAAACGCUGAAAAAUGCAGCAUUGAGCGCCACCUUGAAGAGCGCAAUCGUUCAGGCUCGCAGUGUCAGUGGAGCAACAGAAGUGGACAAAGCAGCAGGGACAUUGUUGUACAACCUGGCCUCUCGCCUCAAAGACACAAAACGUCUGGCAUUCCUCGCAGAAAACAUAGCUCUGUGCAAAAUAACCACAGAGCAACAACUUGCUGCUGCUUUGGAAUUUGUGAAGACUCAUCCUCAGGACCCCCUCAACCAUAGUGAGUUUAAUGAAGCCUGUGGAGUGGGUGUGGUCAUUACACCAGAGCAGAUUGAAGAUGCCGUGGAGUCUGUGAUAAAGAAGCACAAAGAACAGCUUGAAAAGGAGAGGUACCACUUCAACAUGGGCCUGCUAAUGGGAGAGCUGCGCUCCGCUCUUAAAUGGGCUGAUGGGAAAGUUCUCAAAAAUGAAAUGGACAUGCAGGUCCUGCACCUCUUAGGCCCCAAGACAGAGGCUGACCUUGAGAAGAAAUCUAAGACCCAGAAAAAUAAAAAUGAGAAUGAGGUGAAGAUGAAAAAAGAGGCGGUGGCACUUAAUGGUGAGACCACAGUCAUGGAGGGAAAGUCACUCAUGGAGCAGCUCAGGGGAGAGGCCCUGAAGUUUCACAAACCAGGUGAGAACUAUACAACUGAGGGCUAUGUGGUUACACCAAACACGAUGAACUUGCUCAAAAAGCACUUGGAGCUCUUUGGUGGACAGAUACGUACCCGUUUCCCUCCUGAGCCCAACGGUAUCCUUCACAUUGGACACGCUAAAGCCAUUAACUUUAAUUUUGGUUAUGCAAAGGCAAACAAUGGAAUUUGUUUCCUGAGAUAUGACGACACAAACCCAGAGAAAGAGGAAGAAAAAUACUUCACAGCCAUCAAAGACAUGGUAGAGUGGCUCGGCUACACGCCGUAUGCAGUCACGCAUGCAUCGGACAACUUCCAGCAACUCUAUGAUCUUGCACUUGAACUGAUUCGCAGGGGUCAUGCAUAUGUAUGCCACCAGAAGGGGGAGGAACUGAAAGGCCACAAUACUCCUCCAUCACCAUGGAGAGACCGUCCCAUUGAAGAAUCUCUGGUUUUGUUUGAGAGGAUGAAAAAGGGGAUGUUUGCUGAGGGAGAGAUUACACUCAGGAUGAAGACUGUCAUGGAGGAUGGGAAAAUGGAUCCCGUGGCAUACCGAAUCAAGUACACGCCACAUCAUCGAACUGGAGAUGAAUGGUGCAUCUAUCCUACCUAUGACUACACCCACUGUCUGUGUGACUCAAUUGAAAAUAUCACACAUUCGCUCUGCACCAAAGAGUUCCAGGCCAGGCGAUCAUCAUAUUAUUGGCUAUGUAAUGCUCUGGACUUGUAUUGCCCUGUUCAAUGGGAAUAUGGCCGCCUGAACCUCACCUACACUGUGGUGUCCAAGAGGAAGAUCAUCAAAUUGGUGGAGAAAGGAGUGGUCAGAGACUGGGACGACCCUCGCCUCUUUACUUUAACCGCACUGAGGAGGAGAGGCUUCCCACCGGAGGCCAUCAACAACUUCUGCGCUCGUGUGGGAGUCACAGUUUCCCAGACGACAACUGAGCCGCAUCUUCUGGAAGCAUGUGUCAGGGAUGUGCUCAAUGAGACAGCCCCACGAGCCAUGGCCGUGUUGGAACCUCUUAAAAUCACCAUAGUAAACCUUCCUGAGGACUCAAAGUCAGAAGUACGAGUGCCAGACUUCCCUGCUAAUGAGGCCAAAGGCAGCCACACUGUGCCAUUUAAAAGCACCAUCUUCAUUGAACAAAGUGACUUCAGAGAGGUGAUGGAGAAAGGCUACAAGCGUCUGACCCCAGAACAACCCGUAGGCUUAAGGCAUGCCGGGUAUGUCAUCUCUGUGAAGAAGAUCAUCAAGGACGCUCAGGGUAAAGUCGUGGAACUUCAGGUGAGCUGCUGCAGCUCUGAUACAGCAGAGAAACCGAAGGCCUUCAUCCACUGGGUCAGCCAGCCACUUGUGUGUGAAGUGCGCAUCUAUGAAAGACUAUUCAUACACAAACAUCCGGAGGAUCCAGCUGAGGUGCCCGACGGUUUCCUGAGUGACAUCAACCCAAAUUCGAUGCAAGUGGUCAACAGUGCCUUCGUUGAUACCUCUGUCAAGGGAGCAAAGGUUCUUGACAAAUUCCAGUUUGAAAGAGUUGGCUACUUCUCCCUGGACCCUGACAGCACUUCAGACAAGCUGGUCUUCAACAGGACAGUUACUCUCAAGGAGGAUCCGGGAAAGAUUUAAGUCUCAAAAUGCGAUCAAGCUAUGUGUCCUGCUUCCCAAGAGCCCACAGAUACAUGCAGAACCCCAGCAACUACUUUGGUUAAGAUUGACAUAAAUCAGACCAUAAAUGGGAACUGCAUUCUUCCAUAUGCAUCUAAAUUGGAAAAUAUUUUUUGAAUUUGAAUUAUUGUUUGAAAUGUCUACAAUGUCCAUAAUUUUACUUGAGACUGAAGUACUUCUUUAGUAUCAAACUUUGCAACGUCAUAAUGAAAUUAUGAGCAUUUCUAAUUGAUUGCUCACUGUUGCCUCAUUGAUUGACUGUGCAAUGCAUACAUUAAUACUGUACCUGAAUUUCAUAACAAUAUUGUCUCUUGUUUUGUAUGACACAGAGGUGAUGCUGUCAAAUACAUGUUAUUGCAAAGCAUAUCUUUUUAUCACAGAGGGUGCGCUCGUGUAUCAGGGAAAAUUAAAAUUUCUUACGAAA